CACUUCCGGAGUCAGUCUGGCCGGUUGGUCACGUGACCAACGCACUCCACCUCUUCGGUCACUGCAGUGGUAUGAGAAUGAACGCUGAUCGUUUUACCGUCAGUGCAGAGGAGUAUUUAGCAGAGAGCAGCGCUCUUUUCUAUCUCAAUGAUGCUGUGACUCAACUGCUGGAGCACAGGGAGGAAUUCAUCCAGUUCGGCAUCGGGAGAUAUUUUGCAGAAUACUUCACCAGUGUGAAGAACGGAAGCCAUAUUCUCUUCAGAGAGUUCAGCUAUGUUAAAGGUACGGCUCACAACCGUACCUCCUUCAUCCACAUCUUCUGGAAAUGCUUCAGACAGAUUGGAAAGAACAGAGAUCUCCUGACGAUGAUGGAGUACACUUCACUUCUCCAGCUCUUAUGCCCAGACUUUCCUGCUGAAAUGUUGCAGAACACGGCCAAGAUUGUCCUGAUGGAGGACGCCGUGGACUGCCCCAUGUCCCUCUCAGAUUUCAUUUACUCUUUCCAAAUUCAGUUUUACUUUGAAGAGUUCCUGGAGAGCGUGUUGGUGAUUUAUGAGGACCUGCUCGAGGGAAAGAACCCCAAUGCCGUGAUCGUCCCGACCUCUGAAUCACCCGAAACGAUAUCCAGUGAGGAGACAGACGUGCAGGAGGGGGUCGAUUCUUCCGUCCUGCUCAAGUGCAUCGAAGGAUUGUGUGAACGUUUUAAACACAAACAUCCACCUCUCCCUGCUAUUAAGGAGGCUCUGGAGAGUUGCACACGAGUCUCUUACUACGGGUUCCUCAUGGCUUUGGCCAAACACGAAGGAAUCAGUCAAGAAAUUGGCGCUCUUCCGAACAGAUCAGACCUGCUCAUCGACCCUGAGAUGGAUCAGGAAUUGGAGAGGCUUGUAGCUCAGGUGGCCAUCAGUCCGACAUCGAACAGCAGCAGUAGCGCACAAGGCCUGAAGGAGCCGUGCAGGAAACCGUCACCACGUAAAUCCCUGCACCAGCGCAAGAGGAUUGAGAUGGAGAGCGAUGGCUCCACUGAGGAGACUGACUCAUCCGAGAAUUAAGAAACAUGCUACACCAUGGUAAACAUUGGCAUGUCCAAACGUUUUAGAGAUAUGUUGCUGCUCAUUUAUAAGUUUUAAUCUUGUUCUUAAAAUGGUACAUUUCCUCACUUUAAACAUUUCAUAUUUUUUCCCGUGUUCUAUUGUAAAUAAAAUAUAAAUUUAUGAAAUUUGCAAA